AAGACCACCGUCACAUGGUGGAAAUUUCCACUGUUUAAGCUCCGCUGUUAAACCAAAGGGGCUCGAUCGUGUCCUGGGCGCUCACUUCCCCGCGUCUCCGUGCCGCUCAUCUCCGAAACCCGAUCAAUUAAAUAAGCUUGCUAGUGUCCCACUCCAGAGCUCUCGACCGGCAGCUUCCACCCGACAGAGCUCAGCAUCUGUGCAACGGAAAUCAAAAGGCAUCCAACAUCCCGUCUGCCCUGAGGGACUCCAGCAAAAGCGGGCUCUUUGGUCCAACGCCCUGCUGCCCGUGAGAGGAGCCACCUUAGCCAGGCUUUGCAGUCCAACAGCUUAUCCUCCGUGGGAGACGCCAGCUUAACCAGCCUUCGGGUCCAAUCCCUGUACUCUGAAGGAGGAAGACAGGCAAUGGAGCGUAUGGAGCUCAAGAAGGUCCGUACCGACGCGGAUGAUGACAGUGCGGACAGCCUGACUGAUCCGUACACUGAACCCAGCAGCUCUGAAAAGACAGCGAUUAGCAGUCCGUUCGUUGACGAGGAAUAUCCAGAGAACCAGAAGUUUCUCAGCAAUGGGAUCACGAUAACACGGAAAUACGAGGAAUUCCACGAAGAUGAGCCGGGGCAUAUCUCCUUCGGGAUGUCCGUCUUCAACUUGAGCAACGCCAUCAUGGGCAGUGGUAUCCUGGGCCUGUCCUACGCCAUGGCCAACACGGGCAUCGUGCUCUUUCUGAUCUUGCUCCUGGGUGUAGCGGUGCUCUCCCUGUACUCGGUUCACCUGCUGCUGGUGACCGCGAAGGAAGGAGGUUCCCUCGUCUAUGAGAAGCUGGGGGAGAGGGCUUUCGGUUGGCCCGGGAAGAUUGCAACGUUUGGCUCCAUAACACUGCAGAACAUCGGAGCCAUUUCCAGCUACCUGUUCAUCGUGAAGUAUGAGCUGCCAGAAGUCAUCCGGGCCUUUAUGGGUAUGGAAGAGACCACUGGUGAAUGGUAUCUGAACGGCAACUACUUGGUGGUGAUUGUGUCUCUGGUCGUCAUCCUGCCCCUUGCACUCCUCAAAAACCUCGGGUACCUUGGAUACACCAGCGGCCUUUCCCUGUCCUGUAUGGUCUUCUUCUUGGGAGUGAUCAUCUAUAAGAAGACUGUGCUCCCCUGUCCUCUGCCCUUCCUCCAUUACGACGCUGUCAAUCACAGCCUCAAUGGGUCAGAUUCAUACCCUUCGCUUGUCAGCGACUCUUUGCACGACCUGCCCCACCCCACAACGACGCUCGAGGACGUCAUAGACGAGGACAUGUGCCAGCCCAAGUAUUUUGUGUUCAACUCGCAGACCGCCUACGCGGUUCCCAUCCUGGCCUUCGCCUUCGUGUGCCACCCGGAGGUCCUGCCCAUCUACAGCGAGCUGAAAGAUCGCACCCGGCGGAAGAUGCAGAGCGUGUCCAACCUUUCCAUCUUCGCCAUGCUCAUAAUGUACAUGCUGUCCGCGCUCUUCGGCUACCUCACCUUCUACGACAACGUGGAGGCCGAGCUUCUGCACACGUUCACCAAAGUGUACCAUUUUGACACCCUUCUGCUCCUGGUGCGGCUGGCUGUGCUGACGGCUGUCACCCUGACUGUGCCCAUCGUGCUCUUCCCUAUUCGAUCCUCGAUCAUAACGCUGCUGUUCAAUGGGAGAGAGUUCAGCUGGGUUCGGCAUGUACUGCUAGCAGUUGUCAUCUUGGCCUUCAACAACCUCCUCGUUAUUUUCGUGCCAACCAUCCGGGACAUUUUUGGCUUCAUCGGUUCUUCGGCGGCAACCAUGUUGAUAUUCAUCCUGCCUGCUGCCUUCUACCUUCGACUUGUCAAAUCCGUCCCUUUAAAUUCACCUCAGAAGAUCUCAGCCACUAUAUUUCUUGUCACGGGCAUUGUCUUCAUGGUGGGAAGUCUGUCGCUAAUAGUCCUGGACUGGGUCCACAACCCAUCUGGCUCCGACGGCCACUGAAACAUGCAGGCUCUGAUGCGGCGGGGAGGGCCAGGGACUUGGUGCAAGCCCCCCUCUCGACGGGUCCGACAGAGCCCCCGCUGGACUGCCGCAAGCUGGAGCCUCACGCUAACCGGCUGGUUCCUUGGCUGAGCAUUUGUGUAUUACAGGCCCGUUUCACUACACAGCCCAACAGCAUUAAAGAGAUGGGGCCACCACCGCCCCCCCCCA